AUGGCAGCUAUGAUGGGCGGAGCCAACAACCCGAUGGCCGCAAUGAUGGGUGCUGCAGCUGGAGCAAGCAACCCAAUGGCCAACCCCAUGGCAGCUAUGAUGGGCGGCGCCAACAACCCGAUGGCCGCAAUGAUGGGAGCAGGCACUGGCUCAACGGAACAACAGCAGUUGGAGCAAAUGAUGUUGAUGAUGCAGAUGAGCAUGAUGGGACAACAGAUGAUGGGAGCAGCUGGAGGAGCACCAGGAGCGAUGGGCGCUAGUAGCAGCAGCUCACCAUUCUUCUUAUGGUUACAUUGUUUCUGAUUUUUUUCUUGUUUUGACUUUGAUGUUUGUUAGUGAAUGAGGCAUCUUUCUGUUUGUUCCUGAGUGAGGAUCGAUUCUAGUUCUUCUGUCCCUUUUGGUACACGGUUUAUUCACGAAAUUCUCUCUGUGUCUAAACUCUCCCACAGCGGCCACGGGCAUUCCCCUAGUAACUGGCGGACAUGCGCAAUUAGUGCAGGGACCUAACGGCAUGCUGCUCGGAGGCCAACCAUUGACUUUACCUCAAUAUCGCGGCCUAGACCAGGCACGCCAGAUCGUGCAGAGCGCGCCGAAUCAGGCAGCGUUAUCCACCCAAACCGAAUUCCUAGAGCGCCUCAAUACGCGAAACAGCAAGCGCUACUUGGGGAGAAUGAAGUCGUUUAACACGGAAAGAGGGUUUGGCUUUGUGGCAGGAGAGGAAUUGGAUAAGGUACAGCUUUUACGAACAAGUUCAGCUUUCUUUUUCCUGGAAUAUUUGGUGAAAGUACUCCUGAAUGUGAGCGGAAUUUGUCCAAUAUACAAUUCCGAUUGCACUUGCAUUCCUCCGAUUGCACUUUCAGGUUUUCGGCCGCGACGUCUUCAUCCACCGAACGGAAAUGGAAAAGCUAAUCUCCUUAUAUGGGCAGAUGAUUCCGGUCAAUUCCUUGCUGUCGUUUUCUGUAGUGCUGAACAAAGUCGGACAACCUCAAGUUCGCGAGAUGUUAUUGGUCCUCGACGAAGACAAGGAUAAGGAGAUUCCGUUGCUUUUAUGGCCUAGGUCUUCGUCCAUAAGCCAGUUUAAAUAUCAUGUGGUGAAUAUUUGUUAGCAUUUUCUUAUUCUAUAUAGAUCUGAAGAAGAUUUGAUUGUGUGAUGGUCCGAGUUAGUCAGGUGAAUAAUUCCGUGGCACUUAGGGUGUGCGUCCCUUAGGUGCCUCGCAUCACGGGUGCUUGAGGCACUUACGGGACUCCUCCCUUACCUGUCUCGCGAGGCACUUAAGGGACUCCUCGGACUCCUCCCUUACCUGUCUCGCGAGGCACUUAAGGGACUCCUCCCUUACCUGCCUCGCGAGGCACUUAAGGGAGGCCGCGUCUCAGCAGUGCUUCAGGUGCUUAAUGGAUUCGUCCCUUUUGUGCCUCGCGAGGCACUUAAGGGGGCCUCAGCUCAGUACUCUUUGAGGCACUUACUUAAGCCCCGCUUCGCCUAAGCACUGAAUUUUGCACCUAAAACCCGACUCGCUUAAGUAGUGAACAUCGCACUUACUUCCCUCUUGGCUUCAAUAGUGACUCUUGCACUUAGACGGUUCCUCGCUUAAGUAGUGACUUUUGCACUUACAGCCUGCGUGAUUAGGGAGCACAAAUAUGAUGAUAUCGAUACUCAACAAGUACAGCCUCAACGACCUAUCAUCUUACUCCCCUUCUCUAAUUCUCAACGUCAGUGGUGGAUACCAAGGUCCGCCUUCGCAAUUCCGGUCUUUUCACGGCGCACCACCAGGCUUUCAGGGGAACGCGGGACCGUCCGCAGCAGUCCCAUUUCGGGAACGAAGUAGGAGUCGAGGACGCGGAUAGAGGUGGGAGGAGAACAUCAUCCAACAAGCUUGUAGGAGUCGAGGACGCGGAUAGAGGCGGGAGGAGAACAUCAUCCAACAAGCUUGUUUUGUUGUCGAAGCUGUCAUUGACGUUUCAUUCAUCCGACUAGUAUGACAGCGACAUGAAGAGACUGGUGCAUCCUACCCGAAUGUAGGUUUCAAGCUGUACAACUAUGGUUGCCCGAAUAUUAUCAGCUUCUAGAUGAAGUUGGCCCAUGAUACCUCCCGUACUUUGUUACUCCGUUCGGUAGAAGGAACGAAACAUGAAACUACAACUUGUCCUCGCUAAAAUUGCGAAAAAAACUUCAUGUACUGGAAGAAGACUGAAACUCUUUUUUUGCAAAUC